GGUGGGUCUCAGUAGCUAAUUACAGUCUUUGCAUAGGUACCCGUUGCUUAGAAACGGAUUUAAACUUGAAUAACUGUUUAAAAUGAACUCUAAACACACGAAAACAGUUCAAACAAAUGUAACGUGAAGCAAAGAAUUUUCGUGGACGUUCAUGACUGGGCAGCGCUGCAGAAAUGUCAAAACCACAGAUGGAAAUGAGCUGCGAUCUUAUACCUUCACAUGGAGUAUGGGGCUGGAAUGAUGAACAUCAGAGUCUUGAAUUCAUAAGUCUGGAUACACCCGCAGAAGCGAAAGAAAGGAAAAAGAGGUGCAAGCUUCUCAGUUCGCAAGACACCGUGAGCAAGCGGCCAGAAAGGUCUGCAGUGUCAGCAGUGUCUGGCAAAGGCCAACCUAGGGCCCGUAGCCCCACAGACAAGAGUGCUGUUGGAGAAGCCCAGCUAAAUGCCUAUAAGUCAUCCCCAAAACGGGACCAGAGGGACUGUGUCACGAUCGAAGAUAUUAAACAGGCAACACUCAUAUUGCUGCAGGAGAAGGAGUCUGUUCCUCUGGGUUUCCUGCCCAUACUGAAACAACGGGAGCUAGAUGACUUUCUUGCUUCCCUUCUGCUUUAUCUAUCCUGCUUUUUUGUGAAGACAACCCUGGAGAAGAAAACCACACCUCAUAUGAUGGAGCAGAGUCUGAGAGAACAGCAGGAGAUGGCUGAGGCGUGCAUGAAGGUGGACCUGUCCCUGAAGCAGCUGGCCAUCCACUACUCCACCCUGCUCCUGGAGCUCACCCUGCCCCUGCUGUCUGCUGGAAAGGGAAAAACGUCAGCCAAGCACAAAGAGGUAUUUGAGUGUCUGUACAGAUUCCUGUGUUAUGCUGCCUGGGUCACUUUUGAGAGGAAGGACCUGAGUGCGAUUCAGGAGGAAGUGGGAAGACUGCUGUACUCUGACACCUUCAACCCCGCCUGCAAGCUUAGGGCUAAACAGGGUGUGUCCUCUCAGGACCGUGCCCAGAAGGCAGGGGAGGUGGAGUCCAAAGAUCCGGCCGGCCCCCCUGUGCCAAAAAGCAGCAGGAAUUGCCCACGAAGGCUGGACCUGACUAAGGUGUUAACACAACGUACCCCCCUGAUGGAGGCCCUCCUCCCUCCUACGGGGCAGGCUGCCCCCCACCUUUUCAGCGCAUUCAGCCCCCAGAAAGAGCGUUCACUGAUUGUCUGCGACAGGGAGGUCCUCUUGGACCAACUCACCGAUCAGCUUGCGUCUCUCAGUUUUGGGAUCCUGGGGAAGCCACUAAGCCUGUUCAGCGGUCCCACACUCAUACGCCGGGGGGAAGAGAACAAAGAUGAGGAGGAGGAGAAGGGGGAAAACGCAAAUCGCUCCUCUGCAUCCGCUGACGUGCACAGCAAACAGGGUCGGACCAACACCGCCGUAUCCAGGGCAACCACUGAGGGGGGCUACUCAGACACAGAGUGACCUCCCCCCUUAUACCCAGCCACAGUAUGAACUCUUGAGAAAACUACAAGAAAACACAAGACAUUCAAUUUGUGUUCGAUGCAUGGAUUUGUUAAAUUUCAUAUAUUUAUUCUUUUAAUGCUGGCCGGGUAAAAAAAUGUACAUUUUUUCACAGUCAAAUCAUUCACAGUUGAAUCUUUUAUUUUGCCACUAAACUGUCAACCACUUGGAGGUGUUGUUGUCUAAGGCAACACAGCGCUCACUGCAUUGAAAGUACUUGCUGCAAAGUACCUUUCAUUCCUUCCUCGGUGAACUUAAUGGAUUCAGAAAAAGCACAUUAUCAGUGCACACUGGUUAUUAUUAGAGACAUUAAGCUGUAUUCCAAUACAAAGGCCUGGUUAGUGAACAAUUGUUUUGUGCACAGGACUGUGAUGGAAAUUUUUAUUAUUUUGUACUUCUAGAGAGAGGCUUUGAAUGUCAAUUCAAUUUCAGAAAUAAGCUGUAACAUGAUUACUUUGGAAGAAAAAAGUUCUGAAAUUAAUAUUACUCAUUUUGCAACCUCA